UUCGCCAAGUCCCCACUCAACCCAGGAAGUCCAGCUGGCCUCACCUCUCAACAGAGCAGAGGGAGGGCAGCUGGGAUGCGGGGGCAAGGCUGACUUCCAGGGUUCCACCUUGGCCAGCGAAUGGAAGAAAUGGGAUUUCCAACCUCAGCACGUCAUUCAUCUGAACAACUUCCACCGUGGUUUCCUGUUCAUACAAGCAGCCCUCCUCCACACCGCAAUUCCACUGCUGUGCCAAUUCUUCUUUUAGAGUCAGGAGCCCAGAAAGCUUCUACAAUGCCAAUUACAAGGCUCUUUGUGACAAGCAUUCUAAUCUACUCAAACAAAAAAAUGCGUAUUUAUAGCAUUCGUUCAACUAAAAAAGUAUACUAUAUAAAGCCCAAGAAUGUAAGUUUACGUGUAAAAAAACUGACACCAGCAAUUUUACCUCCUCCUUAUUUUCCUCCAGCUGCGCAGUUAGGAGGAUUGUUUGUUUGGUCUAUUCAUCUUCCCAGUCUUCUCACUGAAUUCUCCUCUGACUCUCCCAGGGGCCAAAUCUCAAUUCUUGUCUUCUGUUCACCCUUACUCCUUGGCUCUCUCCUCAUCCUUACUCCUUUCUCUUCUUUUAAAGAAGCGGGCCCAUGUACAAUUUCAGGGAGUAUUAUUGUUAGUACUACAUUUUCUGUCACAUUCUUCAGAGGCGCUAGACUCCUUGCAAAGCAAAACUGUGGGCACAAGGCAACCUAAGACCUAAUCCCUUCAACAGGGUCUUGGUGCCCUGUGUGCGGUCGCCCCCGAAACCAAGUCAAUGGUGCUUUCAAAGACUACAGCCAGCCUCUGUCUGCAUCCCGGCCUGCGCCCCGGGGAAAUAGUAAAGCAAAAGGUGCCUUACAAUAAGGGGGUGAGAAAAAGCCCGCCAAGCGGGUGGCGUUCAGAUGAGAUUGCUUACUCUACAUGCGCCCUCAAUUUAAAGGGACGAGUGGCCCGCCAAGCCUUCUAAGUCAUCGUGCCCAUUUCUCAAGAGAGGGCUGUCUGUGGGCCGCACACCAGUGUGACCGUAGAGAAUAAGGGUGGCACCAGUCACGUCCUGAGAAAGCGAUGAAUGUGUCCUUGUGAAUCGGUCAAGGUUUUCCCUUGCAGGUGGCCUGACUCAAGGGCUUCGCAGGGACACAGGGACACAAGAAAAAACUUUCAAAAGUUUUACCAUCAGGGAAAAAGCACAUCAGGACCCGCCGGUCAUUGCAGGUCAUGCCAGCGGAAGCUUAACUGAGGGAGCAGG